AAGCAUCAGACUACCUACCUGGAAGUCUUUGGGUACUCUCGUACCAAUGAGCGAAAAUACCUCGACCUCCGCGCAUGGUCUGGUGGAAAACGGUUUAGGAGUGGAAGAACCGGGUCCUGAUUCUGCAGUUGAUGUGGGCCCAUCAGACUAUAUUCUUGUCACUGGUGGAGCGGGCUACAUUGGAAGCCACGCUGUCCUCGAGUUGCUGCAAACGGGAUACAAGGUGGUGGUUGUAGACAACUUGUGCAACUCAUCCAAAGAAUCCCUGCGCCGAGUGGAGAAACUGACUGGAAAAGUGGUUCAGUUUCACGAAGUGGACCUCCUGGACCAGCCCUCAUUGGAGGGAGUAUUUGCGUCAUACCCUAUCUCCGCUGUCCUUCACUUUGCAGCAUUGAAGGCAGUUGGCGAAUCUGUAACCCACCCGUUGAGAUAUCAUCGCGUUAAUUCAGUGGGAACAAUCAAUCUCCUUGACUGCAUGUAUCGACAUGGAAUCUGGAAUCUAGUCUUCUCAUCUUCUGCCACUGUGUAUGGUGAACCCGAUCGACUUCCGCUCACCGAGUCCGCUGCACUCAGAGCCACAAAUCCUUACGGAAAGACCAAACUUUAUAUAGAGGAAAUCCUUCGCGAUGCUGCCAUGUCUGAUUCCAGAUGGCGAAUAGCACUUUUACGUUAUUUUAAUCCCGCUGGAGCGCAUCCGAGUGGCCGAAUAGGCGAGGAUCCCCACGGAGCUCCUAAUAAUCUUAUGCCUUACAUUGUUCAAGUAGCAAUUGGCCGUCGACCUCAUGUUACAGUUUUUGGGUCAGAUUAUUCAACGAAGGAUGGCACCGGGAUUCGCGAUUACAUCCACGUGGUGGAUCUUGCAAAAGGGCACAUAGCUGCAUUGGAAAAACUUGUUCGCACGCCGACACAUGGCUGCGUUCCGUACAACCUUGGCACCGGUGUAGGGUACUCUGUAUUGGAGAUGAUAUCUGCAGCAGAGAAAGCUAGUCAGAAAACCAUUCCAUAUGUGAUCGCCCCAAGACGAAAAGGAGAUGUCGCUGAAGUGUAUGCAGACCCGUCCUUCGCUAACCGUGAACUAGGUUGGAGGGCAGAACGGACCCUAGAUGAGAUGUGUCGGGAUCAGUGGGCAUGGCAAAGUACGAAUCCGCACGGGUACGGAUCAGAGUGAGAACUCCUUGUUCUGGCAUCGAAACCACCACAACUGCUCGACUACUUGCGCUAUGAACGUCUGCUACUGUUUUGUAUUUACCUAUGAGGACGCCAUAUAUAUAUAUAUACAUAUGAAUAUCCUUGAAGCGGUUAAUUCUCCCCAGGACGAUGGAAGUAUGAGCACAGUCGUGUGGAUCUCUAAGUGCGAGCGCAGACCAUCAUGAUCACAAGUUCAAAGGUUCUCCCGACCAGUGUAAGUAGUGGAUCAAGGGAUCUAAAAGCUCUAUAGCAAAAUCCACGGUGGAUAUCCUCCAGAGUACCUCAAUAUUACAUUCC